CCCACAAUCAGACUAGUUCUACUUUAAAUCUUCCUACUAUAUUCCCCACAAUUACACUAGUUCCAACCUAAAUGUUGCCGCUAAUUCCCCACAAUCACACUAGAUCCACUUUAAACGAUGCCACUAUUUUCCUUCAAUCACAGUAGUUUCACCUUAAACGCUGCCGCUAUUUUUUUCACAAUACUAGUUCCGCUUUAUUCCCACAAUCACAAAAGUUACACCUUAAACGCUGCUGCUAUAUUCCUACAAUCCCACUAGUUCCACCUUAAACGAUGCCGCUUUAUUCUCACAAUCACAGUAGUUACACCUUAAACGCUGCCACUGUAUUUCCAGUCCCACCUUAAACGAUGCCGCUAUAUUCCAACAAUCACCACUAGUUACACUAGUUACACCUUAAACGCUGCCACCACAUAUUCCUCACAAUCACAUUAGUUCCACCUUAAAUUCUGCUACUAUAUUCCCCACAAUAACAGACUUAUUUAUUUGCUGUUUUCACCUACAGGCCACCCCGUUCAGCUGAUCGGUAAUUAGAUGGAGUAGGUGGGAUGGAUUAGUGGUUGGAGCUGCUGGAAGGACUUGAGCACACAUUAAUGCGAGAGGAGAGGAGAAGGAACGCCUGGCUGUUGCUGUUUUCAAGGAUUUGAAGGCCAAUGUGAGAGUCUUUGAGGAUCAGUCUUGGGCCAAAAGAGGAAGUGACUUCUUUGACACCUGAUAUAAAGAGAGAGAGAGAGAGAGAGAAAGAGAGAGAAGAACAGAAAAGAGAAGAGAAGAGAAGAGGAGAAGAGAGAGAGAGGAGGGGUGAGAGUGAGGGAGCUGAGGCAUGAUUUGCUGAGGCUCUGCAGCUCCUAACACAGGAAGCGUGCUCUCUUCCCUUUUUCUCAGGCUGCAGAGAGCAAUCCCUGCCCUGCCACUGCAUUGACCCUGGUGUUGUGUCCAAAGCAGAGCUGCAUCAGUUUGGAGCUACGAUGUCGUCCUACAACGUCAAGCUGAGAAGAGUCCCAGCUGCAGACUACGACACACAGAUCAAAGAGGUUCGUAAUCAGCUGGCAGAGCAGCUGCGUGUGUUUGAUAGUCAUCUGGAGCAGAAGAGUCAGGUGCUGCAGGAUUUGAGUGAUUACCUGCGCAGACGGGGGGAGAUCGAGGGAGAGUACGCCCGCUCUCUGGAUAAACUCGCUGACAGAUUCUUCUCCAAGAUCAAAAAGAAGGAGUGCAGUACUCAGUCAGUGUUGCAUUGCUGGCAGGUGCUGUUAAAUCAGACGCGUGAGGAGAGCAGAGAUCACACCACGCUGAGCGACAGCUGCGGUACCACUCUACCUCAGCAGCUCUCGCGCAGUCUGGAGCACGUCCAGCGCCUGGCUAAAAAAAGUAAAGAGAUUUGCACUCAGCUUCAGGAAGAGCUGCUUAAGGGCACGGCAGAGAUGCAGAAUACGAUGAAGAUAUAUUCCCAGUACCACACGGAGUUCUUGUCAGCUGAGAACAAGCUGAAAGAAGCCGCCAAACAGGAAGAGAAACAGAAACAGAGUGCAGCCAAGAAGAUCGAGAGACUGAUAGAGAAAAGGCAGUGUAAAGUACAGGAGAUUCAGCUGAAGUGCACCAAAGCACGCAACGAUUAUCUGCUCAAUCUGGAGGCAGCGAACGCUUCCAUGAACCAGUACUAUCUGCACGAUCUCUCUGCUGUCUUUGAUUGCAGCGAUCUGGGUUUCCAUCAGUCCCUCUCUCAAGUGCUCCAGAUUUACCUGUCCAGGCGCCAGCACGCCCACCAGAACUUAGGCAGCUGGUUGCAUCAGCUGGAUGGCGCUCAGGCGGGCCUGGACCAGAACCAGGACCGGGACGCGCUGAUGCAGGCUCACGAGAUCACCUUCUGCCUGCCCUUUCGGUUUCAGUACCAGCCCCAUGAGAAAGACCAGGUGUGUGAGGUGAGUGCAGACUGUGAGACGAAGGGGGAGCUUGAGACACGCUUCCAUCAGCUGCAGAGCAGACUCUCCUCUAAAGACAACCAGGAGUUCAGUCAGAUACUGGAGGUCUCUCACUCUGCGCUGGCUGACUGCAUUAAUGAGGACAUUUUCAGAUCCACUGCGGAUCUCACUACUAGCCAAUCACUGGAGAACAUUAGUGACAUCUCCAGCUGUAAGAUGAGUCAAGCAAAGCGUAGAGCUAACCUGCAGGAGACGGAGAACUCCUACUUUACGAAAGUGAAGGAGCAUCUCAUUAACGGCUCAUUAAUGUCAAAACUACAGGCAAAGCAUGACCUGAUCAAAGUCGCCAUACUAAAAGCUGAGACUGUAGAUAGCCAUCAUCACAGAAAGCGUUCCAGGAGGUCCCUCCGUCAGAGGAAGAAUCAGAGCACUUCUCAGAGCAGCCUGAAGCCCUUCUCUGGAGACAUGCUUUCCUACAUUCAGGCAUCUGGACACCCAAUUCCUCUAGUGGUGGAGAGCUGCGUCACAUACAUUAACCUGAAUGGUCUCCACCAUGAGGGCAUCUUCCGAGUGCCUGGUUCACAGUUGGAGGUUAAUCGACUGAGAGACGCCUUUGAGAGCGGAGACGAUCCAUUGGCUGAUGAAGUGUGUGACAUGGACACAGUGGCUUGUGUGCUGAAGCUGUAUUUCAGAGGGAUGGAAAACCCUCUGUUUCCUAAGGACAGCUUCGAGCAGCUGAUGGAAUGCGGACGAAUAGAAGAUGAUGAGGAGAAAGCAGCUCAGUUAAAAACAGUCAUCCUUUCCUACCCUCCCCCCCUUAUUGUUGUGAUGAGAUACCUCUUCGCAUUUCUCCACCAUGUAUCCCAGUACAGCGAUGAGAACAUGAUGCAGCCCUACAACCUGGCCGUGUGUUUCGGGCCCAGUCUGAUCAGAGGGCCUGAGGAUGCAGAUGCUGUCGCACUCCAGCAGAUCAAUGUUCUGGUCAAAACCAUCAUCAUCCAUCAUGAGAGCAUCUUCCCCAACCAGACGGAGUUAGAGGGACCAGCCUAUGAGACCUGCAUGACACUUGAACAAGAGGAUAUUGAACCUGCUGCAGAGGAAGGAGAAAUGGAAUCAGAUGCAUCUCCAAACAAAGAGGUUAAAGAGGAGCUGGAGGGAGUGGCCUUGUUUGACUACACGGCCCGUUCCUCUGUUGAGCUGUCCUUCAAACAGGGUGGCCAUCUCAUACUUCACAACAAAGCCUCCUCUGAUUGGUGGAGAGGAGAAAUAAAUGGCACUAAGGGUCUUAUUCCAGAUAAAUACAUCAGUGUGCCGAGUGUGCAGAGGGCUCAGGACCACAAAGAUGCUGAAAGGAACAGUAGUGGAGGAUGUCAGAAAGAGGAGCAGCCGGCCGGGUCAAGCCACAUGCGGUCCAAAGUCUUCAGUGAAAAGCAAGGAGUUGGUGCAAAGAUAACCUUACAGAUUCCCACAGGACAGCUGUGGACAGCCACUUCUCCAGGGGCGCUGCGUAAAUCAGUAGACCCCCAGAAGAGAAGAUCUGCGACGGAGGGAGAAAUUGAAAAGGAAACCAAAAUACAAGUGGACAAGGACGUGUGUCGUCACAUGGACUCCGUCUUCAAGGAGCUCGCCGCUCGCCAGGACCACUCCUCCACCACUGAAGCCUCUUCUUUCUCAGUGUCGCCCCCCCAAAACCCCCAGAGGAAGGGGAUCGCAGUUCAGAAAGGAAGAAGCGUGUUUAAAUCCUCUCAGCAGACGGACUGAGACGUUCAGAAGGACAUUUAAGCUGGACGCACACUGAGAGUCAGGGGAAGUGAGAUACAAGCAAGUCUGUUAGCAGCGAUGAACAAAAGAGAACUUCACACAAACAGUACUGUGAUUAGUCUUUGUGAAGGUGCAGUGGUUCAGUUCCUCAAUGUUCGCUCCAAACGACACUUAAUAGGCUCGGCGGUGAGAGUGGGGAAGUUUCCACUGCCCAUUUUGUGAUUAUACUUCAAGCGUGUGUCUGUUUAUGACCGCCAUUAGCAAAUCUACUGUGACCUAGUAAUAAAUUAUUCUUUUCCAAAGCUA